CUCCUUGUCGGGCCUGCCGGCCUUCGGGGGGCCUCCCGGGGUGGGGGCUGCUGGGAGGUUGGCUUCCGUGCGGGGCCUCGUCCCGCUCAGGCUGGGGGCCUGCUGGCUGCCCGGUGCCAGCGAUGGGGUUAAUAGGGCCUGGGUGGGGUUUCCACCGAGGAAAGGAUGUGAGCUCGGGGCCAGGAAGCCGGCCGCAGGGCUCCAGGGCUGCCAUUGUGUGCUCUGGAGCUCUCGGAACCCAAACGAGCUCCUGGCGCUUCCGUGCCUGCCGCGGCCCCUGACCGGCCCAGGACGAGCAACCAGAGCGGCCAGACAGGAAAGAGCGCAGCCGGCUCUGCCCACGGGGCUUCCUCUGGGCCUCCCCAGAGGCCAUGGCAGACCUCUGCACCGCGGCCCCCGCCAUCCUGACCCCCAGGGAGGAGCAGGUCCUGGGGCCUGCCCUGGGCAGCAGGAUUGCUCUCAACUGCACGUUCUCGGUGGCCUUCGAGGCCCGCUGCCCCCCCACCGUCCAGUGGCUGAAGGACGGCCACCCGCUCGUGAAUCACAGCCUCUAUGACAUUCAGGAAGUCUUCUGGGGCGGAGCUAAUGCGUCCCAAGGCUUCGUGUCCAGCGUCCUGGAGGCCAACGUGACGAGCGUCCAGGACUUCGGCACCCUGAGCUGCUCCCUCCGCAACCUCAGCGCCCACUUCACGCUGCAGAAGACGGACCCUGCCGGCCACAUCCUGGCCGUUCUCGCCUCCCUCCUCGUCCUGCUCGUCCUGCUGGUGGCGGCUCUGCUCUACGUGAAAUGUCGGCUUGGCGUGCUGCUCUGGUACCGAGACAAGUACGGGGACGUGGAGAUGAACGAUGGGAAACUCUACGACGCCUACGUCUCUUACACCUGCUCUCCGGAGGACAGGAAGUUUGUGAACUUCAUCCUGAAACCCCAGCUGGAGAAUCGCCACGGCUACAAGCUCCUCCUCGACGACACAGACGUCCUCCCCAACUCAGAGCCCUCCGCAGAUCUGAUCAUGAGUCUUAGCCGGUGCCGCCGCCUUAUUGUGGUUCUCUCGGACACCUUCCUGGCCCAGGCCUGGUGCAGACACAACUUCAGGGAAGGCCUGUGGAGACUCCUCGAACUGUCCCGAAAGCCCAUCUUCAUCACGUUCGAGGGCCAGACCCGGAACCCCUCCCACCCCGCUCUCCGCCUGCUUCGGCAGCACCGCCACGUCGUGACUCUGCUGCUGUGGAGGCCGGGCUCUGUGACGCCCUCCUCUGACUUUUGGAAGGAACUGCGCCUAGCCCUGCCCCGAAAGGUGCAUUACAGGGCCCUGAUGGGCGAUCCCCAGACCCAGCUGCAGGAGGACAAGGACCCUAUGCUGACGCUCCACGGUGGCUUCCUGGAGGGCAGGCCUGGCCCCGACCCGGACCCAGACCCGGACCCUGAAGGAGACCUGGGUGUCAGGGGGCCCAUCUUUAAAGACCUCCCCCCUCCACGCAUGACCCCAGGCCCUGCACUGCCCAGCCUUCAGGCUUCUCGCGGGGAGUGCCAGCGGAAUGAAAUCGAUGUCUCUGACCUGGGCUCCCGCAACUACGGCGCCCGCACUGACUUUUAUUGCCUGGUCACUGAGGACGACGUGUAGGCCGCCCGGGACUUCCCAGGCCUGGCCAGUGGAGAGCAGAGGCCCGCCCUCAUCCCUCUCAAUCACACUUCCGCCAUUUCCUGGAGCCAGUCAGGGCCCCUCACUCUCCUGGCCUCAGUUUCUUCUGCUGUAAAAUGAGAUGGGACCCCUCAAGUUUCUUGCAGCUUGAAAUCGGGAAUCCUCUUUGCUUGACCUCCUGAGAAUCUCAGGCUCUGUCCCUGGGAAUGGGGCCACAGAGAGCCCACAGGAUGGUUCGGUCUGGGGUCCUCGAACCCAGGGCUUCAUCCUGUUCCUGUUUUCUCACAAUAAAGUGAAAAUUCCUAUA